AUGAAGGCCUCCUUGCGCACCGCUGCAUGGUGGUUCUUCGCCCUCCUUUCCACCCUAGGCUGGGCAAGCAAGGUGGCCGAGGCCAACGCGCACGAUGCUCCUCAGCCCUUUGCGUCCGUCACCGAGGUGCAUCAAAUUCUCGUGAGCAUGCAGCUCGCCCAGAACCAGUCCACCGGCCAGAGGCACGAGGAGGAGAGGACCCGGCUGCUCAAGUCCUUCGACAGGAGGAGUGGCAAAUGGACAACCAACCAUCCGCGGCAUCGCCUGCUCGACGCCCUCCACGGCUUUCUCAGAUAUCGUACAAGGCAGGCCGGAGAGCUGACGAGGCUCCGCAAUCUCUACAAGGGCGUCUCCAAGUCCCAACGGGCCCUGCUGGAACAUCACCUGUCGUACUCGUCCAACUUCGACAAGGUCGAGCGGAAGCUCCAUCGCAACCAGGCGCUAUGCGACGCCAUUGUCGAUAGCGCACUGCUCUUCUACGGCCUGGACUUUUCCGACCUUGCCUCCCACGCCCGUGAGAGGGAAGCGGCUGGCCACUUGGCCGAAAGGACGGCCGUCUCCCAGGCGCUGAAGCACAUUGUUCGUGACUGGACGGCCGAGGGCGAACAUGAGAGGAACGUUACCUUUUCAUGCAUGCUCCGAAGCCUCAAUCAGCUUUUCCCAACACGACAGGCGCUCGCGCCCGUCAAAAUCCUGCUUCCCGGCGCCGGCUUAGGAAGGCUUGGCCACGAGAUCCACCGCCUUGGAGGCUUCGAGGUGACCAUGAACGAGUGGUCCAUGUAUAUGAAUGUCGUCUACAGGUAUCUCGAGGAGCAUGGGCGCAUGCACGAGAACACCUUCUCCCCCUUUGUCGACGGCUGGUCUCACCACGCCGCGAAUGAGGACAUGUUUCGGGAACUUCACUUCCCGGACACCAACGUCGACCCCAAGUCCGUGCUGAUGGUCGAGGGGGACUUUAUCACCGCAUUUUCUGCUCAGGAAGGGCACUACGACGUCGUCCUCACCUACUUCUUCAUCGACACGGCCCGCAACCUCAUGAGCUAUUUUGACACCAUCAAGAAGGUGCUGAGACGUGGAGGCUAUUGGAUCAACCUCGGGCCCCUGCUCUACGGAACCGGUCCUUUCGUGCAGCUGUCGCUUGAGGAAAUCAUCAAGGUCACCGAGGCAAUGGGAUUCGAAUAUCAGGAGACGGAUGAGACUUGCGGCCCCUUAACCUUUGAGAACGCAACCGUCAGGAGCAUGGAGGCCAUCUAUGGCUUUGAUAAAAAGGCCCUCACCAAGAGUUCAUACAACGCUCAGUUUUGGGUUGCCAAGCGGCUAUAG